AUGUCUAUUACAUUAACUUUGAACGGAAACUCGUCAAUUUUAACUGCAAAUUAUUUUCCACCCAUAGCAUUGGAAGAGGAUUAUGAAUGCUCACUUAUAGAUUUUCAUACAUAUAAUAGCAUACCCAAUGUCGAUGAGGAUAAUAAUUUGUUUCAUAUUGGGGAUAACAUUAUUGAAAUUCCUAUUGGUUCCUAUGAGCUGGAAGAUAUUGCAGAUUAUUUAGAAAGUGAAUAUGAGCAUUUGGCUAAUGGUACUGUGUUAGAUGCUACAAGUGGUCUAAAAACGAACAACUUUAAAUUGAAAAAUAAUUUUGUACCCAAUUUAUUUGAGGAGAUUCGUUAUGAACUUAAUGGUGUUGAAAUAGAUCGCACUAGACAUUUGGGUGUUUCUAGCACAAUUAAAAAUUAUCUAUCCCUAAAUGACAGCGAAAGUAUUAUGAUGGGGAAUGCAAGCUGGUCUUAUGAUAAAGACAUCGAUGUUGGUGAAGGAUUUUUCAACUUUUAUGUCCCGCUUAAAUCAUUAUUAGGAUUUGCUGAGGAUUAUAAUAAAAUUAUGUUAAAUUGUAAACAUGAAUUAAUAUUAUUGCGUACAAAAAAUGAUGAUAAUAUUGUAAAUUCUAAUCAAACUACUGAAAAACCAAAAAUUACAAUUCAAAAUAUUAGUUGGAGAAUUCCGCAUGUAAAACUUUCGGAUUAUGCUAAACUAAACACAAUAAAAAUUAUUAAUAGUGGAAAUGUGUUGCCAAUAGCAUUUCGUAGUUGGGAUUGCCACUAUCAUCCUCAACUAUCAGCAUCACAAAAUCAUAUUUGGAAUGUAAAACUAGCUGCAAACAGAAAACGUCCACACUCAUAUCCAUAUGAUGACUUAAAUGUUAAAUUUGAUAAUCAACCUUUUGCCAUUCUAUACGAUAUGUAUGUUAAAUUUCAACAAAAUUUCUAUAUGAGGGAGGCUCAACCGCUCCUCUCAGCUGAAGAAUUUAAGGAAAAAGCACCUAUAAUCGUGAUUGAUGUCAGUCAUCAAAAUGAAGCAGUCACAACAGGCCCAAUUGAUAUAAAAGUUGAGUUUUCUACAGAUAAAAUAGUAGCGGCUAAUACAUCUGCAUAUUGUUUACUCAUACACGAUCGUUUAAUCGAAUACUCACCGCUUUCAUCUUCAGUCAAAAAAAUUGUUUAA